UCUACCUCAGCCUCGUCGCCAUUCUCCUCCCCAUCCUCAUUCCACCUCGCCAAAAUGUCCUCAGACGACAAAUUCCAACAACUCCACGCCCAGCUCUACAACGAGGGCCUAAAGGUGCGUCGUGCCGUCGUCGGAGAUAGCUAUGUCGACCGAUCGCUGGCCAACGGAUCCAGCGAGUUUGCGCGUCCCGGCCAAGAACUGGUCACGGAGUUUUGCUGGGGUCAUAUCUGGACGCGGCCGGGACUCUCGUGGAAGCAGAGAAGUUUGCUAAAUUUGGGCAUGUUGAUUGCUAUGAAGGCGUGGCCGGAACUGGCGGCUCACACACGCGGCGCCAUCAACAACGGAUUGAGCGAGAAGGAAAUUAGCGAGACGGUGCUGCACGCUACUGUUUAUUGUGGAAUGCCGGCGGGCGUACAGGCAAUGCAGAUUACGGAGAAGACAAUCAAUGAAAUGGUAGAGAAAGGGGAGUAUACGAGGCCGACUUCUUCGAGGACGUCGGGUAGUAAGCUUUAA